AUGUUGUCAAAAAUAGCCCUGGGUCUCGUCUUGACCCUCCUGAUCCUGUUGACCAUCAGCGGCAACGUACUGGUGUGCCUGGCCGUCUGCGCUUCGCGACGCCUCCGCUGUCUCACGAACUGCUUCAUCGUAUCACUAGCGGUGACUGACCUUUUGCUCGGCCUUGCCGUCCUCCCCUUCUCAGCCCACCUACAGCUUACUGACGAUUGGCCGUUGGGCCCAGUCUUCUGUAACUUCUACAUCUCCAUGGACGUCAUGCUAUGCACCGCCUCUAUCCUCACACUCCUGGCCAUCAGCAUGGACCGCUACCUAGCCGUGACAAUGCCUCUCAGAUACAGCUCCCUGAUGUUGCCUUGGAGAGUAUUUGUGGCCAUGGCGAGCGUUUGGACCGUAUCGGUGGCAGUUUCCUUCUUACCCAUCUACAUGGGAUGGAACACAGUCAACGGGACGGUGCAAAACUAUGGCCAACCUGAGAGGACUUGUCGCUUUGAGCUCAACAGGCCUUACGUUCUGACUGACUCACUUCUCACCUUUUACCUGCCUCUGUUGGUCAUGUGCUGGACAUACUUCAGAAUACUUCGCAUCGCUCGGGCACAGAUCAAGCGCAUUAUCAGUGCUCGGCCGACGUGCGUCACCAGUUACAGCGGCAGGAACCAUCAAUCGCCCAUCACCACUGUGGUUUCCAGUGUCCCAGCUUCAGCCCUGCGCGAGCACAAGGCCACUGUGACGCUUGCAGCAGUGAUAGGCGCCUUCGUGGUAUGCUGGCUGCCUUAUUUCAUCCUGUUCACAGCGCUUGGGCUGAAGGAGCAUCCCGAUCCAAACAAAGUGCCAGAAUUUUCCAUCGUGCUUUGGCUGGGUUACGCCAACUCAGCCCUCAAUCCGAUCCUCUAUGGAGCCCUCAACAGGGACUUCAGAUCUGCCUACACCCACCUGCUGAGAUGUCGAUGGCCGACAUAUAGUGGGUGGAGGAGCCAACAUUCUUCUGCCACUGUAACAACAGGCAGAGAACAACUCAUGGAGGUGACUCUGCUGUGUGGACAUGCGCCUGCCAGCUGCAGGGCGGGUCAAACAGGCCAGAACUUCAUGUUACAGGAAACACAUAGCAGAACAAACACAGCCCUGAUCCACAUUGUGGACAGCACAACUGACACAAAUGUCAAUUAA